AUCCUCCAUUUCUCAAUUCACACACUGUGUCUGUCUGUCUGUCUGUCUCUCUCUCUCUCUCUCUGUUGCGAACUGAACAACCAACACAGAGCACGCCAUGGCGAUAAGGACAGUGAAAGUCAACAAUCUUUCAUUGACAGCAUCUGAGCUGAACAUAAGGGAGUUCUUCUCUUUUUCCGGUGAAAUUGAUUGUGUCGAAAUGCAUAGUGAUCAUGAACGGAGUCAGAUUGCAUAUGUUACUUUCAAGAAUCCUAAUGGAGCAGAGACUGCUGCUCUUCUUUCGGGUGCCACCAUUGUGGAUCGGCCAGUUACUAUAGCUCUAGCACCGGAUUACAAACAAUCGGAUGAUGCUUCCACAUUGCCGACUGGGACUGAGAACAAUGGAGCUGCUGCUGGAUCUCCUUUCCAAAAGGCAGAGGAAGUCGUAAGCAGCAUGCUAGCUAAGGGAUUUGUCUUAGGCAAAGACGUGCUUAACAGAGCAAAAUCAUUUGAUGAGAAACACCACGUCACUGCAACUGCUACAGCAACAGUUGCUUCUCUGGACCGGAAGAUUGGUCUGAGUGGAAAAUUCGGUGCUGGAACAGCUGUGGUGAAUGAGAAAAUGAAGGAAAUGGACCAGAAGUUCCAGGUUUCUGAGAAGACAAAAUCUGCAAUAGCCACUGCAGAGCAGACAGCGAGCACUGCAGGGUCUGCCAUCAUGAAGAACCGUUAUGCGCUGAGUGGGGCCUCUUGGGUCGCUGGUGCAUAUGGCAGGGUCACUAAGGCAGCAGGGGAAGUGGGGCAGAAGACACAAGAGAAGGUGGCAGCUGAGGAGGAAUCACAGGGAAGGAAAACCUGAAAGGGACCUCUGAAUUCAAC